GAAUCGUCUCCCAGCAGAGCCUCCCAUCCUCACGGUCAACGGCAUUGGGUCGCGGGGUCAGCAUAAUUACCUCGGGGUAGGCACUUUUCGAAGAUGAGGAGUCCUCCGCCGAAACCGGGACAUGCUUUCGCACAGACCCUCUACUGGAGCCAAAUACCCAUGCUUGGAGACUCGCCCGCAAAGUGUCCCGCCGUAAUAAAUUUUCUCAGGGUAGCACUGGCUGCAAUCCGGCACUCUAUAUAGCACGUUGCCGUGCCGUGAAGACACGGCAAAUGCGUGGGGUAGCGAAUCCUGCCAUUGGCUGGCGAGACUUGGCGUGCAUCGAUGUCACGGUAGCGCGCUGCUUGCUGCUUUGCUACGUACCUCCGGCUCCGACAGAUAAUGCACUUAUAUAGGCCGACUCCCGGAACCACCAUGCAUCCCGCCCUUGACUCCGGCUCACGCUCUCUCCCUCCCUGCUUCUACUGGAGCAGCCUAAUUAGAAAUUAGACCAUGGAGCACCAGACGAUGGGUUUUCGCGCCCUUCUCCUCAGCAUCUUCCUCGGCGCCGUCCUCUGCGACAGGGAGGAAUGGUCCGGCUGGGGCGCAAACGUACAAAACAACAGAUGGGCCGCCGACAACCGCGCAGUAUCCUCGUGCUCCAUCCGAUCCCUGACUUCACACUGCCAAGUACCGUACCGAUCCGGCGUGAGCGCCACCCCGGUCAUCGCCGGCGACACGGUGUACUACCCGACCUGGGGCGGACUCUUCGUGGCGCUGGACUACACGACCUGCCGGACGCGGUGGUCCAUCAACGUGACGGACAUCAUCGCCGGAUCGCCGGGGGGCAUCACCCCGCUGCAGGCGCAGGUCACGAACCCCGUGUCCCGGACGAGCCCGCAGAUCGACGGCGACGUGCUCUACUUCGGGACACUGACCAAGGCGCUGCUCGUCGCCGUCGACAGGAGGGACGGCACGCUCCUGGACACCAUGCCCGUCAACGCCCACGAGCUCGCCGUCAUCACGGGGAGCCCCACGUUCUACGACGGCAGGAUAUUCAUCGGUUCCUCGAGCUCCGAGGGCGCCGCCGGCCGGGUCCCAGGGUACCAAUGCUGCAGCUUCAUCGGCAACAUGAUGGCCGCGACCUUUGAAAAAUCUCAGAACAAAUUCUCGGUAGACUGGGACCUCCCGAUGCUCCCGACCGCCGGCAACUGGUCCGGUGUCGCAGUAUGGGGCAGUCAACCCUCCAUCGACAUCGCUCGCAACCAGCUCUUCUUCGGCACAGGCAACCUCUACAGCAACCCACUCGAGUACGACAAAUGCAACAACAACCAAACAGCAGACUGCUACCCGCCCUCCGUCCUCCAGGAAUCCGUCCUAGCCGUCGACGCCUCCUCCGGCCGCCUCAACUGGGUGAACCGCAUCCCCCCCGGCGCAGACGUCGACUUCGGCAUGAUGCCCACCUUCAUCCCAUCCCACGUCUCAGGCCAACCGCGCGACAUCGUUAUCGUCGGCCAAAAGAGCGGCCUCCUCUACUCCAUGGACGCGACGACGGGGACCAUCCAGUGGGCGACGACCACGAGCCCGACGGGCCCCGCGGCGGGUCUGAGCUGGGGCGUGGCAGCGGACUCGUCGCGGGCCUACUUCACGGCGAUCAACUCGGGGCGCACCACCUGGCAGCUGCGGCCGUCGGGCGAGACCGUGUCCAACAGCGCGUACGGCGCCGCCGACCUGGCGACGGGCGAGCUGCUGUGGGAGACGCCUGCGCCGCGGGGGUCCAUCGCCUUCGGGCCGCCGACCGUCGUGGGGGACGUGGUGCUGGUCGCGAGGACGGGGCUGAUCGGCCCCGACGCGCCGGAUCCGGACUACGACAAGACGAGGGGCGGGUUGGUGGUCCUGCGGAAGCGGUCCGGGGAGGUCGUUGGGGACUUUGAGCUGGAUGCCAACUUCCAUGGGGGUGUCGCGGUGCAGGGCGAGUACGUCAUGUUUGGGACGGGCUACUCUAAUUAUAUCGGGACGGGCUCGUUCCAUGUCAUGAAGGUGUCGAGGCAUAGAUGAGGGACGCCCUCCCAGUUUGAGGCAAGCAAAUUGUCCGAAGAACAUACACGACAGUGCAAAUCAAGAGUACAGUGUGAACAGGAUGUUAACGAUAAUAUAUUAUCCCG